UUUAACUAUUUUGGUUAAACGGCAAAAAUUAAUCAUCAACAUAACCCGUCAUUUUUGAUUAUAAUUCUUCAAAAUAAAUAAAAAUAAUGGAUAAUAGUAAUAAUGAGGUAUACACAAUUGGAAUUUGUAAAGAAAUGUGCCCUUCUAGUGAAGCAAGACUGAGAGAAAAACAAGGUUUGCUUCAUAUUUUGGAAGUUGUUCCCGGAACUGAACAUCAUAAAAAUCCGAAAGCUGAUCUAAAACGUGUAGUUAAAGAAUUUACCAGAUCAGCAGCUGGGAAAUCUUUUCUUAUCACUGAAAACUUGAGACCACCUGAUGUGCUAUUAAAGACUAUUAAUUAUUUACUAGAUGAAUGCUGUGAAGAGGCCAUUAAUACUUUCGAUCCUCAUAUAAACAACACUCAUCUUCAAGAAUGUCUUAAAAGGUUAUUGUGCACAUAUGACUACUUUGACAAUCUUGAAAAAAGCUCUAAACAAGAAAUAUCUAGUGACUUUUUAGUUGAGAGUAGACCAUAUUUCGAAAGUUUAAGUUCUUUAGUGAAAACAUCUAUGAGGAUAUGUCUGAAUUAUGUGAACAGAAACAUUUCUAAAGUAAUUAAACUGUUUAAACAAUUACCACUGUCUCUUCAAAUGAUAGCUUUUCUUCAUUUGCCAGAAAUACGAAGAACAACUUUGAAAAUCAUGGCAUCUGCAUAUCAUAGUAAAAACUUGACAUUUCCCCUAGAUGUUCUGUCAGAUAUGCUUCUUUAUAAUUGUGUAGAUGAAUUGAUAAGAGACUGCAAUUAUUAUGGUUUAAAAAUUCAACAAAAUGGGGUACAAUUUAUGAAGACUGAUUUUCUUGAGGAUAAAGCCAAGGUCAAACCAAGGCGUAGUGAAGAAAUUGACAAAACAUUGAAAGAUACUGAUAUUAGUAUGUUUUUAUUGUAUGGGGAUCACUGAUAAACAUCCAAUAGAAAUAUUUAUUGUACAUAUUGUGAAAAAAAUACUUUUUAGUAAAACUUUUUAUUUGAUUUUGGUUCAUUUGUAUAUAUUAAUUUCUCGAAAGGAACAUGUUCAGACAUUUUAAUCAAAGUAAUGAAAAAAAAACUCACACAAUCAAGUAUCAAAUGAA